UCCCGCUCUCACCUUUGUCAUCUGAGCAAGGAGGCUGCCCUGUGUCCCUCCCCCAGGCUGGUGGGAGACCUGCGUGUCACAGAGUUUCUGUGGCCGCUGCACAGGGAUGAGGGGCACCGGGAAUGGCCUGCAGGAGGUGGCCAGGCCCUGGAAGGGGCAUGGCCUGACUCUGGUAUUUCUCUAGGGCUCUCUGGAACAGCUAAGAGGCAGUCAGUGUGACAGGAGGGAGGAGCCAGAGCUGAGUUGUGACCCGGCCCCUCCCCCUGCCCUAGGCUCCCAGUGACAUUCCUAAUGGUUGGGGACUGACUCACCCCCUCUUCAAAGGCCCGGCCUGGCUCAACUAUUUAACCCGGUGGCAGCUCCAGAAUUCUGCUCUGCGGGGAGCUGGGGCCCCGCCCGCAGACCUGCUCCUCUCCGGGGCCUGCGCACGUCCUUGGGUCCUCAGUCCCUGGCUGCCCCUGUGCCCUGGCCCCAGCCAUGGCCGUGCAGGUGUCCCUGUGGCAUCACUACCUGCAGGCCAUCCGCUCGAGGGGGGCGCCCCGGGCACAGGACUACCAGCGAGCGGAGAACGUGCUGCUAGUGGUGAUGGAGCGGGUGCACGAGCUGGACCCCCGCUUCCUCGUGGACUACUCCCAGGACCUGGAGGCCUUCCAGUUCGCCCUGCGCUCCUCCGAGGACCCAGUGCGCAUGGAGGUGCCCCUGUGGGUGGACGCCGAGGUCCUCCUGGUUGAAGAGGCGGGGGCCGCCGAGGCAGGGGAUGGCCCCACGUCCUGCUGCCUGGGUGUCCCCAGGGAAGGGGCCAACCUGGAGCGGUGGACAGCUGAAGACAUCUCCAGCAUCUCCUCGGAGGGGAGUGGCAACUGCUGCAGCCACAUUGUGCCCAGCAAGGUCCUGCGUGUCCUCAAGGACCUUCUGGUGGCGGCCAUCGUGCACUGCAAACACCAGAGCCUCAUCGCACCAGGGUCUCUGAACGCAGACAGCCUGAGGGAGGAGGAGCUCCAUCUGUCCCUGCUGGUGUCCAGUGGCUGGAGAACAGUGUGCUUCCACGUCGUGCCUGUAGUACGAAGAAGGCAGAGGGUGCCCGCCCUGGAGGGGGCCCAGCUGACACAUGGGUUCCCUGAAGGCAGCUUGAAGAGGAUCGUCAGCCAAGAGGUGGCGCUGGUACCAGCUGGUGCCCAGCACUGGAGACUGCUAGGUGCACUGGGCUCCUUCCCGGGCCACCGCCUGGACAGCCUCUCCAUCCUGGACCGGGUCAACCACGAGAGCUGGCGUGAUGGUGGCCAGAGCCCUGGCCUGACCUUCGGCCAUCUGAAGAUUGUGUUGCUGUGGGCCGCAGUGCUCUUCCCGGAGCCAGAAGACUGGGCGGAGCUGCAGGGCGCCGUGUACCGGCUGCUGGUGGUGCUGCUCUGCUGUCUGGCCACCAGGAACCUGCCGGACUUCCUCCACCCCGAGCGGAACCUGCUUGCGGACGCCGGGCUGGACCUCAACGCCCUGUACCAACGCGUGGAGCACUUCGCCAGCCAGCCAGAGCCGUCCCUGCGCAUCCACGUGACCCACCUGGGCCGCAGCCCCCCGCCACGCCUCGGCAGUGGGGUCAAGGCGCUCCUGCAGCUGCCUGCCAGCAACCCGGCCUACUGGGCCACUGCCUACUUUGACGUCCUGCUGGACAAGUUCCAGGUCUUCAAUAUCCAAGAUAAGGACCGGAUCUCGGCCAUGCAGAGCAUCUUCUGGAAGACCAGGACUCUGGACAAUGAGGAGUGCUGAGCAAUCCCCUGAUUGGUCUUUACUGCCCAUGGCCUGGCCCCACAGCCCUACGGAGGAUCCCAGGCCAUUUGCAGAGGAGAAUGGGCUUCACCUGGAGGCAGGUGGUGGGUAGUAGAGAUGUCCAUAGGGACCACCUGUCCAGGGAUGGCCUGGAAGGAGUCUGAGCAUGCUGGGCAGCAGGCCCCCGGGAGCAGCAGCCUGACCCCCCAGAGCCCAGGAUGAAGGUGCCUUGUGCUUCACAAGAUGGAUAUUGAUCCAUUCUGUGUGAUGUUAUUAGACUCUCAGAACCGGGCAUCUGCAUGAGACCUGAAGCUCAAUGGCUUGUGCCCACCUAUGUUGCAUGCUGCUUUGUGGCCACGAAAUACUGUAUAUCUGACCUUGAAUAAAGGAAUGCACUGGAUACAGUGGG